AUGGCAUCAUGUCUCUAUGAAUGCCUUUGUGAGGCAGAACUUGAAAAAUACUAUCCCCAUUUUGCUGCCUUUGGUCUUCAGAAGAUUGAUGAGCUUGCCAAAGUUUCCAUGAAAGAUUAUACCAAACUAGGGGUCCAUGACACGAAUGACCGCAAACGACUCUUUCGGCUCAUUAAAAUAAUCAAAAUUAUGCAACAGGAAGACAUUGAUGACAUAAGAAAGCAAGAUUUUCAACCAAGUGGCCUUUUCACUCAGCCUCAAGUGACCAGACCAGGUCCCCGUAGACAGCUGCAUUUUGAGUCCUUCUUUGCAGAAAAUGAUGAAACAGUUAAAGACUCUAAAUCUGAAUCAUAUAGUUCAUCUAAUUUCAGUGCCAAUGAGAAGAACGGUGUAAGGGAAAUGUUGGGACAAAUUCAACCACAUGAUUCAGAGCUGAGCAAAUUAAAUAGAAGAGACCUAAAUACUCCUGGAAUAUGCACAAAAAACGAUGUGAGCAGUCCAACAGCUUCUGAUGACAUUGCUUCUCUCCUGGGGGAUUCUGAAGCUCCUAUCAUACAAAGAAUAACUCAUAUUUCGGGAUAUAACUAUGGACUACCUCAUUCCUGUAUCAGAUCCAGUACUUCUGAGCAAGAGUCUCCAUGGACAGAGAGUGAAAAAAUCAGAGUGUGUGUCCGAAAACGUCCUCUAGGCCCAAGAGAGGAGCGACGUGGAGAGGUUAAUAUCAUCACAGUAAAAGACAAAGAAACCCUGCUUCUCCAUGAAAAGAAGGAGGCAGUUGAUCUCACCCAAUAUAUUUUACAGCAUGUGUUUUAUUUUGAUGAAGUCUUUGGGGAGUCAUGUACCAAUCAGGAUGUGUAUAUGAAGACAGCUCAUCCUCUCAUUCAGCAUAUUUUUAACGGAGGCAAUGCAACCUGCUUUGCAUAUGGGCAGACUGGAGCUGGCAAGACUUACACUAUGCUGGGUACUCACCGGAACCCAGGACUCUACGCCUUGGCUGCCAAGGACAUCUUUAGACACCUGGAAGCAUCACAGUCAAGAAAAGAUCUCCUUGUUUUGAUCAGCUUUUAUGAGAUCUACUGUGGACAGCUUUAUGACCUGCUAAAUGGAAGGAAGAGACUUUUUGCAAGAGAAGACAGCAAGCACGUUGUCCAAAUAGUUGGACUGCGGGAGGUUCAGGUGGACUCUGUAGAUCUUCUGUUGGAGGUGAUUUUGAAGGGGGGAAAAGAACGUAGCACAGGAGCUACUGGAGUCAACUCUGAUUCCUCCCGAUCUCAUGCUAUCAUCCAAAUCCAAAUUAAAGACACGGCCAACAGGACAUUGGGAAGGAUAUCAUUCAUUGACUUGGCUGGCAGUGAAAGGGCAGCUGAUGCCAGAGAUUCAGAUCGACAAACAAAGAUGGAAGGAGCAGAAAUAAACCAAAGUCUUUUAGCACUAAAGGAAUGCAUUCGGGCACUGGAUCAGGAACAUGCACAUACUCCUUUCCGGCAGAGCAAGUUAACUCAGGUGCUAAAGGAUUCUUUCAUUGGCAAUUCCAAGACAUGUAUGAUAGCCAAUGUAUCACCCAGCCACAUAGCUACAGAGCAUACCCUGAACACUUUAAGAUAUGCUGACAGGGUCAAAGAGCUGAAGAAAGGGAUUAAAUGUUCUCCCCCUGUCACAAGCAGGCGUCAGACAGCUGGAAACGUAUCUCCAAAACGUGUCCAAAACCCUGGAGAAAAGAGCUCUCCAAAGAAAGUGAAGCUAGGCCUCCAGCAUCCCUCAAAUGCCACAAAAGCAAAGGCAUGUCCCACAGGACUCCAGCCACCGAGUGUCCCUUUCACCUCUACUCCCAGGGGAAUGACCAAAGGACAUGCCUACAAAGGAAGUCCCAGCACACCGUGGUUCCAUCAGCCUAGCCCAGUUAAGGGAGUCCUACGGAUUGCACAUCCCCUGAAGAAGAAAACUGAGGACCUGUCCCCCCACUCUGAAAAGAACUCCAUUGUGAAGGAUUUCAUCAUGAAAAAUGCUGCCACAACAGAAACAAAAGAGAGUGCCCAGAGAGGCAAAUAUAUACAAGACAGACCAUCUGCCCAGUGCCUAAAAGUCCAGACAGUGCAACCUGUUCAGAAGCAGCUUGUUUCUAGAGAUGAUACCUCCUUUGGAGAUAGAAAUCCGCCUUCUAACACCAGACAGGAGUGGGGAAACACCUUUGCUAAAGAAUAUGUUGAAGCCUGGACAAAUGUGCCUCCACUUCAGAAGGAAAGAGAGGAGCAUUUACGUCUUUAUCACCAACAGUUUCAGCAGCCACCUAUUCUACAGCAAAAAUUGAACUAUCAACCUCUUGAGAGGUUUCUAAUGCAAUACAAGCCCCAGGAGAUUCAAGUGAAGCAGGAGCUGACCCUUGCACCCACAGAGGUACAGAGCAAAGAGGGGAUGCAGCUGGAAGAUCUGGAUGACAGUGAUUUCAGUGAAGAUUCGUUCUCACCUGUCAGUAGUCAAAAGAGUGUGAAAAGAGGCACCAACAAAUGCAGCCAACCUUCAUUUUUCCUUCACCAAAGAGAACAAGGAACCAAAGAAGAGCAAAAAGGCCAGAAGCGACAGGAUUUAUUUUUUAAAUAUGAAAUACCCAUGCAAGAACAUGAACUUGAUGGCAGCUGGGAUUGUAGUGAGGGCAGCCCAAAGACAGAGGAAUCCAUUAAAAAUACAGGCUUCAGCAAAACACCAUCAGACUGGAGCUAUGACUCAACUAUUGAGUCUUCUCCAAGCAAUACCGCAGAAAAACCUUACUGCCUGCAGGAGGAUCCUGCUUAUAACUGGAAAAAUGGCCAAGAUUUUCUAGCUGAUCCCAAACAGUACAAAUCCAAACACAGAUGUCUCGUUUACUCUAGUGAAGCUACCUUAAUUCCAGAAAAGGAUGCUUCAAAGUCACAUGUUUCUCCUGUAUUAAAAUCAGGAACUCAAGAGUGUGAAGAGAUUGACCUCCAGCACGAAGAGAAUGAAGAUUCCACUUUGGAUAGACAGGCUGCCCUUGAACAUGUAAAAUGGAAAGCUUGGGAAAAGGGAGUUAACCAUUGUGGACCUUCCAGUUGUUCCUCAGAAUUCUCUUCUGAUCUAGUGGCCCCUCUCACAGUAUCUCUUCUUGACUACAGGGAAACAACUGACACAGAAAAAGUGUCUUCUAACCAAGAGAAGUCCCCCCGUGUGAAGCAGAUGCCAGACAGUUCGAACACACAUGUCCCCCAGGACAGGGUUGAGGAGGAAGGCUGGCAGUGUACCACAAGCAGGGCUCUGACAGACAGUAUGCUGGAGCUGGGGGAGCAAAGGCACCAUGGGGGAAGGCACUGUGCUUCCCCUCAGCCAGGGGACAAGUGGCUUCCAGCUGCCUGCUGUGAUGUGGAGGCGUGCUGCUGCCUUCUGGGCUUGGGUUCAUCAAAGCAAGGAGCUGCUCAGGGCUUAUUCGCUGGAUGCGACCUGACAGGAACAUCUGCAGCUGAGUCUGCAAGCUUCAGGGGAGACAGAGAAGGUGGUUUGUUUCUCAGUGACUCAAUGUGCAAAGAAUACUCAGGUGGCAGACAGUGUGAUGCUGAUGUUGAAGAUAAUACUGGUAAUUCAGGAAAAUCUAACUCAAACCAAGGACCUGGUGUUGAGCCCAUGGCUCAGGAAAUAAAUGCUGAUAUGCCUGAAAAGAGCUAUUUUUCAGGUGCUUCAUGCUUCCUCAGUGUGGGACACAUGGAGUAUGCAGUCCAGCCUCCCUCUCAAGAAAGCAGCCUGCUGCUGCAGCCCAGGUCAGGACUGCAGCAUGAGGACAUCAGUCCUUCUGAAGACCCAGCCAACUCAUUGCUCAGCAGGGAGGAAACAGGGCUGGUGAAGAACAAGUUAAUGCAGAGUACUUUUACACAAGAGGCUUUGGCUGCAGAUUCCGGAUUGGCAACCAAAGAUGUUAACCUACUAGGAAAUGCAAAGAGCCCCACAGGUGUGUCCAGCAGCAGCUCUCCAACUGCUACAUCAGAGAUAGGAAAAUGGCAGAGGAAAGCCCUGGAAAAGGCACAACAGGCUGUAAUUCGGGCCCAUCGGCAGCAGCUGGAUGAAAUGGCAUCCUUGUGCUUCAAGGAAGAGUGCUUGAUAAAUCAGAUGUCAGCAAUGGAUUUUCAGAAUUUCAUGACCAAGCUGGAUGAAAUCUUGGUACUGAAGUCAAAGUGUAUCCAAGCAAUGCGAGCCCAGCUUCAGCUCCAUUUAGCCUCUCCUGGAACUGAUGUGUCGCUGCAAACGCUUCCACCAGUUUAG